UUCUUAAACAUGUUGUGCUCGCAAUUUUUAUUUGAUUGUAUAAAAAUUGCAGUGUCAAAAAUCAUAGAUUGACAAUAAGACAGCAACAAUCACAACGCUUGUUUAUCGACAAAACUAUUUGACCAAACGUUCAAUAGAGAAAACAAUAUUUUACUAAUAAAUUAAAUUUAAACAUGGGUGAUAAUUCAAUUUCAUCAUUAUCCUUUAAAUUGUAUGAAGAACAAGGGAAUGACGAAACUACAUUGGAUCUUUCCAGCCAAGGCUUAGCAAUUUUACCAGAAAUUGGAAACAAAACGCUAUGCGUGCUUUAUCUACAAAAUAACAAAAUUCAAGAUCUACCCGAUGAUUUCUUUGAAACUCUGCCAAAUCUUACCUGGUUCGAUAUUAGAGAUAACAGGCUUAGUAAUAUUCCAAAAUCUAUUAAAAAUCAUCAAAAUCUAAGUCAUUUACUGUUGCAGAACAAUAAUUUAACGACAUUGCCUAAUGAAUUAGGGACUGUAAUGAGUUUGAAAGUACUUCAAAUUAGUGGCAAUCCUCUGAUAUAUCCACCGAAAGAGAUUAUAAAUGCUGGCACUGGAAAAACCAUGCAAUUUCUACGCAAAAAAUUCAUCGAUGAACAAGAUUCACAAUUGCGUUUAGCGUCUUUUAGCGAUGAGAAUUCAAGUCUCAAUACGAAACUUUUAUCAGAAACUGACCUGAAGAGCUAUAAUUCAGUUUAUGAAGAGAAUUUGAAAAACCGUCAAUAUCUCUCAGUAUUGUUAAGUGAAAAGGACGUAACCGAGUCAGAAAUAGAGUUUUAUAGUAAAAAUAAAGGGAAAUGUCCAAAGUUAGCAACCAGUAGAAAAAAGGUGACGCCAUGCCAUACUCAAAGUUCAAAAUAUCUCAAACCUGUGUACGCACGUAGCAAAGAAAAACAGGAUGUCAAAAUCACGCAAACCUUUUUAAGAGAAAUGGCGUUGAAAAAACAAAAAGACUUGAUGGCACAUAAAGAUAAGAUCCUGCAGGGCAGAAAAAACGUGGAAUUGUUGAAGAACUUUCGUAAAACAUAUAGAACUAAUCAAUUGUCUAUGGGACGGGGAAAUACACAUUAUAAGCGAACCGCGAACGACUAUCCUUACGAUACUAAUCCAGAAUACAUGACUCUUUUGACUAGAGACGAUAUAGAAAAGGAUUUACCGGAUAAAUAUAAAAAGAGAUUGUGGCGAAGACCCAAACCUACUGUACCACGGAAGAAAAACGGCGACGUACAUUUAGCGAUGAAGAUUAAAAAGUUGUUUGAAACUUUGGAAGCUAUAGAUUUAAAUAAACGGGAAAUGACACCGAGGACAGAACAGAAAAUAAUCUUAAACGAGAUCCACAAGAUAACGGAAAUAAAACAAAAAUUGAUGGAGCUGUCUUUGAACAAUUCAAAAUCAGUAGAUGCUGAUAAGCUUCCCAACUAGACGAUAUUCUAAAAACGUAAUAUAUUUAUUAAAUAAAAUAAUUAGAAAAACAUCAAUAAUUUUAGUCAUAAACAAUUCUUCAAUAAAUUUUAAUAUGUCAAACGUUUGUGUGAUAUGUUUCGUCUAUAGUUUUUGUUAUUUAUUUUACUAGU